AUGAUCAAUAUAUCCGUUACGCCCAAGAAGGGAUCGGCGGUCUUCUGGCACAAUCUUCAUAACUCUGGUGCUAUGAAUUUCAAGACCCUGCACUCGGGCUGUCCGGUGAUAGUUGGCUCCAAAUAUGUGCUCACAAAGUGGAUAAACGAGCUACCGCAAUUGUUUUUCACUCCAUGCAUAAAAAAUAAAAAAACCAAAGGAAAGUAAACUUAUUCCUUCAUGUUGCAAUUUACAUGUAAUACAAUAUUUAGAAAAUAUAGAAAUAAAGCGGAUUCAUUUAAUAUCA